AUGGCAGCUGCUGAUCUGAUGGUCAUUUUCAUUGACGUUAUACUGAGGAGAUUUCCCUCAUAUUAUUACCCACUGUGUUUCCUGGACAUCACUCCUGUGUGUAGUGUUGCUGGGGCCCUGUUUUGUGCAGCCAGAGACUGCUCUGUUUGGUUCACUGUGACUUUCGCCUUUGACCGAUUUGUGACUAUUUGUUGUCAGAAGCUGAAAACAAAAUAUUGUACUGAGAAAACUGCAACUGUGGUUCUAGCAACAACCUGUACCCUGUUCUGUUUGAAAAACAUCCCCUUCUAUUUCCAAUAUGAGCCUCAGGUGAUAAUCAACAAUGUGUCAUUCUACUGUCAAACAAAGUCAAGCUACUUUACUGAGACACAGUGGGUGGCAUUAGAUUGGUUUGACACGGUUUUGACCCCUUUACUGCCAUUCGCUUCAAUUCUGUUGCUCAAUGCUGUGACAGUCAGACACAUUUUAGCGACGAUUCAAGUCCGCAAGAGGCUGAAGGGUAAGAGCAAAGGAGAGAAUCGCAGGGACCCAGAAAUGGAGUGCAGAAAGAAGUCUGUGAUCUUGCUCUUCACCAUAUCUGGGAAUUUCAUCCUCCUGUGGUCAAUCAUUGUUCUCCAUUUCUUAUACUAUGUCAUUCAAGGAAUUAACACUGCUGAUUACCCACCUUUGCUAUAUGACUUCAGUAAAGUUGGUUAUAUGCUACGGAACCUAAGUUGUUGCACAAACACAUUUACUUAUGCAGCAACAUUGCCGAGAUUCAGAGCAAAGUUCAGAAACGCAGUUAAAUCUCUGCUAACAUGA